GAAUAUUCUGCUUGCAGUCUACGGUCACUCUGCUUCUAAAAGAAAACAACAAAAACUGAAUUAAACAACAAGUUAAGAGGAAAAACAUUAUGCAGAAUAUAUUCCCCUCGCUGGACGUCCUCUUCCUUGGACUACCAGGACACUAUUCUGUAGCGCUAAUCACUUUGCUCCUAUGUGUUUUAAUUGCUCUCUAUUUCGCCAACUUCUUCAAGGACAAAACAGAACUGGAGGAUGAAGGACUGGGAGCUGACGAGCCACGCGAUGAGGAGGAUUCCGAGCCAAGGACACCUCAAGGGGAGCAAACCGACGACGAUGAGGCCUACGAGGAGAACUCCACUGAAAGCGAUGUUGAGUUCGUUGAGGAACAGCAGCACGGCCACAACUACAACCACCUGAUGGGCCAGUUCAAGGCCAAGAGGCUGCAGCACAAGAUGGAAAAGACCUUGACUCCCAGCCAGAUCGAGGAGGAGCGCCGAAUAGAGCGAGAGCAGCUGGCGGCCAUUUUUGACCUUCUGCGCAAACAGGAGGCGGAACUAAACCUCCAGGAUCGCAUCAGCGACCAGGAUCUCAAGCAGCAGGUUCGGCUCUACCGCUGAAGUGGAGGGAAACAAAAGCUCAGCUUACCUGAAUGCAGAAACUAGUGUGAUCUAUAAGUUAAAUGUUCAAAUGUCCCAGUUUUGCUGUUACCAUAUGCCGCUCACUUAUAGUAAGGCUAUCCUUAAAAAAACUAGUUUUAGGAGUUCAUUUCUAUAAUGAUUAACUUCAUUUAGUCCCUUAUGUAAUUUUAAUUUAAGUUAACUACGUAUUUAUUUAUAUCUUGUAGUAAGUGAGCGUUAUAUGAUUUUUCUUACCUUAAAGUGAAGCUUAUAUCAGCUUGAAAACACAAAAAUGUAUAUUUUUAAAUGUAACAAGCAUUUUCACUUUGAACUAAGAUCUGAAAACAGCCUAUAUGUAUAUAGCGAUAGCAAAACUUAAGUAUUUUCGUAUAAUUAGUUGCCAAAUCAGUUGGUUAGUUUUAAAUUGUACUUACAUAGUUUUAGUUUCAUUCCAAGAACUCGUUGAAUAAAGAAUUUGAAAUGCUA